CGAUACUUCAUUUCUUCGUUCUCUCCUGCCUUCACGACACCUUUCCUUCUGACAUCGUUCGGACGAUUUGAGGCACUUUAGACGCGCACGGACCCGCUCACGACGAAGAGAAACGCCCCGAGAAGAUGUCCUUCGUAAAGCUCAGUAUCUUUGGGACCUCCUUUGAGGUGACAACCCGUUAUGUCGACUUGCAGCCGGUGGGAAUGGGCGCUUUCGGUCUCGUAUGCUCGGCCAAGGACCAGCUCACAGGAUCGUCUGUCGCGAUCAAGAAGAUUAUGAAGCCGUUCAGCACGCCCGUCCUUGCCAAGCGCACGUAUCGCGAGCUCAAGCUCCUCAAGCACAUCCAGCACGAAAACAUCAUCAGCCUUAGCGACGUGUUCAUCUCCCCCCUCGAAGAUCUCUACUUUGUCACCGAGCUCCUGGGCACCGAUCUCCAUCGACUGCUGACUUCAAGGCCGCUCGAGAAGCAAUUCAUUCAGUACUUCCUCUAUCAAAUCCUGCGUGGCCUCAAAUACGUUCACUCUGCCGGAGUUGUCCACCGUGACCUCAAACCAAGCAACAUCCUCGUGAACGAGAACUGCGACCUGAAGAUCUGCGACUUUGGCCUGGCGCGCAUCCAGGACCCGCAGAUGACGGGCUACGUCUCGACGCGCUACUACCGCGCGCCCGAGAUCAUGCUGACCUGGCAAAAGUACGACGUCGCCGUGGACAUAUGGAGCGCGGGGUGCAUCUUUGCAGAGAUGCUCGAGGGCAAGCCGCUCUUCCCGGGCAAGGACCAUGUCAAUCAGUUCUCCAUCAUCACGGAGCUGCUUGGGACGCCGCCGGACGAUGUCAUUGCGACCAUUGCUAGCGAAAAUACCCUCCGAUUCGUGCAGAGCCUGCCGAAGCGGGAACGCCAGCCGUUCAGCAAUAAGCUACAUUGCAAGGAUCCCGACGCGCUGGACCUGCUCGAGAAGAUGCUCGUGUUCGACCCGCGGAAACGCAUCACUGCGACCGAGGCGCUCGCGCACGAGUACGUCGCGCCCUACCACGACCCCACUGACGAGCCCGAAGCCGCCGACAAGUUCGACUGGUCCUUCAACGACGCUGACCUCCCCGUCGACACCUGGAAGGUCAUGAUGUACUCCGAGAUCCUAGAUUUUCACCAGGUGGGCGAGGCCACGACCAAUGCGAGUGGUAUUCCCGAAGGGCCUAUUUCAGGCCCCGAAGACGGUGCAGGCGGGCCUGGACAACCCGUUGCAGCCGCCGCUUCAUAACGGCCUCUCACCCCCGUAUCUAUUCUCAUGGACCCUCCGUCUGUCUCUUGUUUCUUCGCUUCCAGGCGUGAUAGAUCCCCCUUUCUUGCUCGGUCGGUGUAGGACCAAUGUACUCUCCCUUUCCUUUUCCUGUUGCUUGAUAAGACAGGCAUUGAAGCAAGUAGUGGCAGUGUAAUAAACAGUACCAGUACCAAACAGAAGUAUUUGUAGGUCGCCGCUAUACACGUUGUCGGCGAGAGACUAACUUGUAUUACUCGGCUGUAAUUCACGAUUGGUCGUACUCUGCGUGGAUGAGGACACUAGCUCUCUUCAUCGUACGCGGUAAGUACCAAGGUGUCAGUUCAAGUGUGCGAUUUCAUUGUCCUAGCAUCGGGACGUUGUCGAUGUUCUCCGCUCCGUGGCUGGGACUCCGGGCAAUCCUGCCAGCCCUUGCCAUCUGCUGGCCUACCCCAAUGGUAUCUUCCUCCAGC